AUGGCAAAAUCGUUACGUGCUAAAUCACAUCUAGCUGCUAAGAGUGUGAAACGUCGCAAUGAGUUUCAAAAAGUUGUAGAUGCCAGAGCAGAACGUGUUUCUGAGAAACUAAAACAAGAUCUCAUGGCACAGAAGAUGAAAGAAUUAAAGGACGGAACUAGUAUGGAUAUCGAUACCAAGAAGGACGACGACGAAAGCAAGAAGGUUAGCACGAGUGGUUGGAGAGACGCAAGACAUCAUAACUACAAGAAAGCCAAGAAGAUGAAAAAUUCGAAAAAGAAGGUCUCUUUUACCAAAUUUUAA